AUGGAGUCUGACGCCGGAUUCAUUGCUGCUGUGGAAGAAGCCAAGCAAGGCGCUGCUGAGGGUGGUGUGCCCAUUGGAGCUUGUUUGGUCUCCAAGGAUGGCAAGAUUCUAGGCCGCGGUCACAAUAUGCGCGUUCAGAAGGGUAGUCCGGUGUUGCAUGCUGAGAUGUCCGCGCUCGAGAACUCCGGUCGUCUGCCCGCUUCGGCCUAUGAGGGCGCUACUAUGUACACUACCCUGUCGCCGUGCGACAUGUGCACCGGUGCUUGCAUCCUCUACAAGGUUAAGCGCGUUGUCGUGGGGGAGAACAAGAGCUUCAUGGGUGGUGAGGACUACCUUAAGAGCCGCGGGAAGGAGGUUGUGGUUUUGGACAACGCAGAGUGUAAGCAGCUGAUGGAGAAGUUUAUGAAGGAGAAGCCGGAGCUUUGGAACGAGGACAUUUCCGUCUGA